AUGAUGAACACCCUCAGAAAUAUCCAAGACCUUUGCAAGGCUCUGCGAGCUAUCACGCGGCUCCAGCAUGUCUCUAUCGUCUUCAUCGAAAAUGAGAUUGCGACUUGGUCCACUGGUGGGAAGCCUCGGAUGUCAAUGGGUCCCUGGCACGAGCACGCUGACGGUCUUGACAUCCAGUUCGUGCUUUACCUCUUCGCAACUUUGUCAAACCUUACCAGAGCCACCAUUCAACUCCCUGGCUCGAUCCCAGACAAUUUGUUUCUACAAAAAGAAAGCAAAUCCACCCUCCAAGACAUGAAAGCAAGGCACGAGCAGUCUAUGAUGAACCACAAACUACUAGACGAAGAAUAUGUCAAGUGGUUCGUAGUAGUCCUCGAGGAAGACUUGGAUGAGGAGGAAAUGUGUAUGCGACAGGCCACAGGGAGCAUUUCAUUGGCGAAAUUUAGUGCGCAAGGCUACGGAGACGAGUACACGAUUGAAAGAGGGCAUUUCAAUCAUUCCAAAAAGAUUUGGCUUCACAUUGACAGCUUGAGCAGCGUCGAAUACGAAGGUGAUAGGAAGUACUUAUGCUUCUGCCCUGGUCAAAUUUUCCAUAGUCCAGAAUGCAGAGUUGACGAUUAA